AUGGAAUGUCAACACAUGCAUUUUCAGAAAAAACAACUUGCCAAAGGGAUGCACUACAUUUUAGAGCUUAUAGCUCGCCGUUUUAAUGUGAACCCAUACAAGCUAUGUGAUAUGGAUGGACGUAAGAUUACUGAGCCAUCCCAACUUAUGUCCAGAGGAGCGUAUGUCUUGGUGGCAGCAGGACAGUCAUUCCGUGAUACUUGGUAUUUUCUACCGGAUAACGCUAUUGACACAAGGUAA